ACAGGAGAGAGAGGAGGAGAAGAAGGGAGAGGCUACUCUACUUUUGCUUGCUUAUCCACACCACACGUCCUCCUCUCGUCUCAUCGUCUUCCCCCCCAAUCUCCUCCUCCAGGCUCCAGGGGCCAAGCAAGAUCCUUCCUAUGCAACACGAGAGGGGAGCAGCUCCCCCAGAGCUGAGUGAGUGAGUGAGAGAGAGAGAUCCUCUUGUGCUCUGACCAGGCGGAGGCCAUGGCUAUGGGGGCCGUGCUCUCCAGCAGAACCUUCGCCUCUCCACUCUCCUCCUCAGGAAAGCAGCAUCCACCACAAAACAACAAGUGCACCUGUUCCUCACCUCCCACCCGAGAUAAAUUCAGUCGACUCACUACUAGGACCACCAUUUUCCAAGUCUCUAACUAUUCCAGGAGCACUUCAAUGGAAAGAUUUCAACUUUCUGCCCGAUUCCACCAGCCUGUGGUUGACUCUUCUACAAACUACCUCACCAGGUGGUUUUACAAUGCAAACCUCAAGAGGCGGCGGAUUGAAUGCUUUCUCACUUCGGAUCCAAUAAACACUGGUUGGCUAAAACCAAGAAGAUGGGACAACUUCACUAGUUUGGACACUGCUUGUGUCCAGCCAGACUACAAAAUUCCGGUCAGAACACGCGCCGACUGUAAAGCCGAGCAGUAUGAGAUAACGGGAUCACCGUUGAGCCCUUCUGAUGUUCCCGCCGAGGCAGUUCUCAUUGGAGAUACAAAUGAGAUUUCUCCCUGGUGGCAGCAGUUCCCUAAGCGAUGGACAGUCGUUCUCUUGUGCUUCUUUUCCUUCCUUCUGUGCAACAUGGACCGUGUUAAUAUGAGUAUCGCGAUCCUUCCAAUGUCAUCAGAAUUCGGCUGGAGUCCAGCAACUGUAGGCCUAAUCCAGUCCUCCUUCUUUUGGGGUUACCUUCUUACUCAGAUCCUUGGAGGUAUAUGGGCCGACAGGUUUGGUGGUAAGGUGGUGCUAGGAUUUGGGGUUGUCUGGUGGUCAAUUGCGACAGUUCUUACACCCCUUGCUGCAAAGAUUGGACUUCCUUUCCUACUUGUCAUGCGGGCUUUCAUGGGGAUAGGAGAGGGUGUUGCCAUGCCAGCCAUGAACAACAUACUCUCCAAAUGGGUUCCAGUUUCAGAGAGAAGCAGAUCUCUUGCAUUAGUGUACAGUGGAAUGUACCUUGGUUCAGUGACUGGCCUAGCCUUUUCACCUCUCUUGAUCAGCAGAUUCGGUUGGCCAUCUGUUUUUUACGCAUUCGGGUCCCUUGGAAGCGUCUGGUUUGCACUUUGGCAAAGAAAAGCACACAGCUCCCCGAGUGAAGAUCCCGAACUAAGCAAAGCCGAAAAGAGGUACAUUCUAGGUGGAAGCACCUUGAAGGAGCCCGUCACCUCCAUACCUUGGAAGCUAAUUCUAUCAAAGCCUCCAGUAUGGGCUCUAAUAGUAUCACAUUUUUGCCAUAAUUGGGGAACCUUCAUUCUUCUAACAUGGAUGCCUACAUACUACAACCAGGUUCUUAAGUUCAAUCUUACUGAAUCUGGGCUUUUGUGUGUCUUGCCGUGGCUGACAAUGGCUAUAUUUGCGAAUAUUGGUGGCUGGAUUGCUGACACUCUUGUUGGGAGGGGGGUUUCCAUAACGAAUGUUCGUAAGAUCAUGCAAUCGAUUGGUUUCCUUGGACCAGCCCUCUUCUUGACACUGCUGAGCAAAGUCCGAACUCCAGCCAUGGCUGUAUUGUGUAUGGCAUGCAGUCAGGGGAGUGAUGCCUUUUCACAGUCUGGGCUAUAUUCGAAUCACCAGGACAUAGGCCCACGUUAUGCAGGUGUACUUCUUGGACUGUCAAACACUGCUGGCGUGCUUGCAGGAGUUUUUGGUACUGCUGCCACUGGCUACAUUCUUCAGAAAGGUUCUUGGGAUAGUGUGUUUCAGGUGGCUGUGGUAUUGUACAUAGUAGGGACAGUGGUGUGGAAUGUCUUCUCAACUGGAGAGAAAGUUCUUGAAUGAGCUGUAGAUGCUCUUAUACGCACAAAAAGUAUAGCUGAUUUUGCUGAUGUCUUAUUGUGGUACGAGAAGAAAAGCUCUCGUUUAGACAGAGAGAUAUAGCUGAUUGAAAACCUUCAUUUUAGCAAGAGAAAUAUAGCUGCGUUUGACGGUUGGGACACUGAAAACAAUGAAGAGCAAACUGAAGAGUUGCAAUGGAUUAGUCUGUGAACUGAAACUUGGAGCCAGUGAAUUACCUUACGCUGCCUGAAAGCAUCUGCACCAAGAAGUGUCAGUCUUUGCAGUAAGCUUGUCGCUGAACAAGCUCCUGCCCAACUUGCUUAACAUCUUCUUUUGUUUUGAAAUAUUGAUCCACUAGUGAACCAGCUACCUUGCUUGCUCGAGGAAGGAGCUAGAGCUACUGCCAAACUCGUGUAUUAUGAGAGCAUUUUGGGAGAUUAAGCUUUUUUUUUUGUUAAUUUGUGAUGCUGCUCCUGUUAUUUUGCAUAUCCUGCGGGAUCGUAUCGCAUGACUAUCUAUGCUUGUGCUGAAUCAUCCUAUGCUUCUUGUUA